UGUCGCGAGAGUGGUACUGCCAUUUUUCUCUGGCUUGUCACUGAACAGAAGGGCAUAGGAAAGGCAGUGGGGUGUCUUAUAACAUAUAUCUCUUUGUGAUUGAUUUUUAAAACACCCCCACUAUGCUUUCCCGGAUAGCACUACUGUCUGCUGCAUCAUUGAAGAGUUCAGGUCCAUUCAGUGUUGGUUUGUUGCAUGCAUGCAGGUCCUUUCAUACCGCUCAGCCGUGCCAGGCUCCAGUACCUCCUCUCCCUGAAAAAUCAGGACAAGUUCGACAUGGUAUUAUUCCUGAGGAAUUUUUUCAGUUUUUGUACCCCAAAACAGGCGUUACAGGGCCCUACAUGUUUGGCACUGGUCUUCUGCUGUACCUCUUGUCAAAGGAAAUUUAUGUAAUCAAUCAUGAAACUGUUGUAGCUGCAUCCGUGCUCACUGUCCUGAUUUAUGGUGUUAAGAAGUAUGGGGCCCAAGUAGCUGCGUUUGCUGACAAAUUAAAUCAAGAAAAAGUUGCUAAAGCACAGGAAGUCAAAGAUGGCGCAGUUAAUGCGCUACAGCAGGCUGUGGAAAAUGAGACUAAGGAACAGUGGCGUGCUGAGGGUUGUCAUUACUUGUUUGAUGCUAAACGGAAUAAUGUAGCUAUGAUCUUGGAAAGCAACUACCGAGAGAGGCUGCUUAUGGUUUACAAUGAAGUAAAGAAACGUUUAGACUACCAGAUAGCUUUACAGCACUUGCAGCGUCGCAAAGAACAGGAACACAUGAUCAACUGGGUGGUGAAGAAUGUUGUACAAAGCAUCACACCCCAACAGGAAAAAGAAAGCAUUGCUAAAUGCAUCACAGACUUAAAGCUGUUGUCAAAGACCGCACAAGUGUAGAACAGUUUGAUAUCCGAAUGAGAAUUCAUGAAAUCAUCUGGAACUCGCUCAAUAAGAUCGCACCCUAAAACUGUUCAAUACCUGUUUAAGCUAUUGCACAUUUCUUAAAUAAAAAUUUCUUUGAAAUGUU